AAUAAAGAAAGAAAGAGAAAGAAAUAAUUAAUAGCACAUUAUAUAAAUUGGCAGAAGGAAUAGGAAAUUCAUGGAUAUGUGAAGAGACAUAUUGAGAGAGUGAGAGAGAAAGAGAAAGAAAGAAAAGAAGAGAUAUCAAAAAUGGAUGUUGUGACUCAGAUGCAGAGACAGCUGAUCCAAUACACUUCCUCCUUAUUUCAAGAGGGAUUCUUAGAUGAUCAGUUUAACCAGCUUCAGCAACUUCAAGAUGAGAGCAACCCUGAAUUUGUUGUUGAAGUUGUCACUCUCUUCUUUGAGGAUGCUGAGAGGCUUCUUAAUGAACUCUCUAAAUCACUGCAAGUAGAGCAAGAAAGCAUUGAUUUUAGAAAGGUGGAUGCUCAGGUUCACCAACUCAAGGGUAGCAGUUCCAGCAUUGGAGCACAGAGAGUUCAGAGAGUCUGCAUUGCUUUUAGAAACUUUUGUGAGCAGCAGAAUGUUGAAGGGUGCCUUAAAAGCUUGCAAGAGAUAAAACAGGAGUAUUCACUGGUCAAAACAAAACUUGAAACUCUCUUCAAGAUGGAGAAGCAGCUAUUUGCAGCAAGGGGUUCAAUAUCUAGGUAGAAGGAAGAAGAAAAAGCAUUCAUCAAUUUAUGUGUUGUUGUAAUUUGAUUUUGUCCAUUAUAGAUUAUAGCUUAAUUAAGGCAGACCAGAGUUUGCAUCUGCAUCAUCUUUGAAUAACAGAUCACAACUUGAGCUUUUCA